CGGCGGGCGGCCCGGGGCUGCGCGCUGAUUGGCCGCGGGCGGAGGCCGCGGGGCGGCCGGGCGGGCGGCCGGGCAGGCGGGGCCGCGGUGCAGAGGGCCCUCGGUCGCCGCCGCGAUGCUGCUGUCGCUGGUGCUGCACAUGUACUCGCUGCGCUCCGUGCUGCCGGCCGCCGUGAUGCUGGGCUCGGCGCCCACCUACCUGCUGGCCUGGGGCGCCUGGCGCCUGCUGUCCGCCUGCCUGCCCGCCCGCUUGUACCAGGCGGUGGACGACCGGCUCUACUGCGUCUACCAGAGCAUGGUGCUCUUCUUCUUCGAGAACUACACGGGCGUGCAGAUAUUGCUAUAUGGAGAUUUGCCAAAACACAAAGAAAAUAUAAUAUAUUUAGCAAAUCAUCAAUGCACAGUGGACUGGAUCGUGGCGGACAUCCUGGCCAUCCGGCAGGGCGCCCUGGGGCACGUGCGCUACGUGCUGAAAGACGGCCUCAAGUGGCUCCCCUUGUACGGCUGUUACUUCUCUCAGCACGGGGGCAUCUACGUCAAGAGGAGCGCGUGCUUCAAGGAGACGGAGAUGCGCCGGAAGCUGCUGAGCUACGUGAGCGCCGGGACCCCGAUGUACCUUGUGAUUUUUCCAGAGGGGACGAGGUACAACCCCGAGUUAACAAAGGUCAUUUCAGACAGUCAAAUGUUCGCUGCUCAGGAAGGCCUGCCCGUGUUGAAGCAUGUGCUCACACCGCGAGUGAAGGCUACACACAUUGCCUUUGAUUCCAUGAAGAACUACUUGGAUGCCAUCUACGACGUCACCGUGGCCUUUGAAGGGACUGUGGAUGACAAGGGGCAACGGAAAGAGGCGCCUUCCAUGUUCGAAUUUCUCUGCAAAGAUUGUCCAAAAAUCCACAUCCACGUUGCUCGCAUAGCUAAGAAGGACGUCCCGGAGGAGCGCUCGCUCAUGAGGACGUGGCUGCACGAACGAUUCGAGGUCAAGGACAGGUUGCUGAUCGAAUUCUAUGACUCGCCGGAUCCGGACAGAAGGAACAGGUUUCCUGGGGAAAGUGUCAGUUCUAAACUUAGCCUCAGGAAGACGCUGCCGUCGCUGCUGGUCAUGAGCGGCCUGACCGCGGGCAUGCUGGCCACCGAGGCCGGGAGGAAGCUGUACGUGAAGACGUGGCUCUACGGCACCCUCCUCGGCUGCCUGUGGGUCAGUAUCAAAGCGUAGGCUCCAUCUGGGUGCUGCGUGGUCGUGGCAGUUCGUGAGUGACGUCCGAGUGUAAAUAAAGCUUGUUGACGGAGUGUUGGGCACAAUAGAAUCUCUCCCGGGAGCUGGGUCCAGGUGUUCGGCAGACUCGGGGGCUCUGAUGUUGGAGCCGGGCUCUGGGGACUCGGGCUGGCCGCUGCCCUGGGUGCUGUCCGGAGCCAGGCCAGCUCCGAGCGGCCCCGAGGGCUCAUCACCGUGUCCCUCAGUGGCUGCACGAGAGAGCAUUCGCAGUACGUGUCGCUGACAGUGUUAUUUCCAGUUUUUACAACUUGAGUGGUCCACACUCGGGUCAUAAAAUAUUGAGAACCUUGCAGCUCCAUGGCAUUGCUCUUUCUGCGCACCUUCCUCCAAGUCAGCGAGAGACUCCGGUGGAAGGCCGAGGCAGAGCGGGACGCACCCUCGUGAGCACUGCUUCCUGCGCUGGUUUCACUUUAUAGUUGCAAAGUAACGCCUUUCUGAUGCUUGUGGAGCAGCCUAAUCGCACGCCUCCCACUGUGCAGAGUAGUGGCAGUGUGCGAGCCAGGCGGUCACGUGGUGUAGGACUUGCACUGCCCAGCUCUGCAGACUCCAGCAGGGCUCUCAGAACUGACAGCACCUGUGCCAUACGCACCUGAAGCCUUAAGCCCUUUACUUUUUGUGGGGCCCGCACCCCAGCUUGUGCUGGAGCUCCCCGCUGCUGGCUUACCUGCCCGUGCCUUCUCCUCACUCUGGGUUUAGAGUAAUGGCCCCCAAAACGCCUUGUCAUCCCGUGGCGGUCCUCUGUGUGGCCAGUCAGGUGCUCGUGGCUCACAUGGGGGCGCCAGGGAGUGUGUGUGGGAGCGUCCCCUUCUCCAGCCCUGCCGGGGCACCGCUGUACGGCAAGGGCCUGUGAGGUCCCGUCAGGACGCCGGGCCUCGAGCCAGUGCGACAGGGCGCAGUCCGCUGUCCCCUCGACCACGACCUGCAUGUCAGGGACCUGGUCUCACAGGGUCUGUGUGAAGGACUUCUGACGUGCGACCUGCUCUGUUCCUGUGUCGCCAUUGAACGUGAUGCCUGCUGGUCCCUAAGGCGGCCGUCCUGCUCCUGCUAGUGGGUUUGCCCGAGGCUGCUGCUGAGCCCCCCAGCCCAUCGGGAGGGACCACAGUGAUGGCGGGGAGUCCUGCCUGACUCUCCAGGAUGGGAAGAGCGGGCCGUGGGCCUCACCUGUACAGCAGGUGGACACGAACGCUGCCUGGGCGUGGCGGCUGUCUGUGAGGCCUUUGACAGUGUCCUCAGACCAAAUUGCCACUUUCUCUGACCGGUGAAGUGGAGCUGGGCUGCCUUGGGUGCAUGCUUUUUAAAGUGUUAACGUCAGACCUGCUGACAGGCGGGCUGCCGCAGGCUGGGUAGCUGUUUGAAGGUGAUGGCUAAGCUCUGAAUCGUAAGUCUGGGAAGCGACUUACACUUGAAGAAUUGCAUUGAUUGGGAUGGGUUUUAAGAAGGCCAAGUGAGCUGCUCGAGCUCACGUAAACACCAUGUUUGUGACUUACAUUCUUCUCACAAAGGCCUGUAAAACAUUUGUUAAAAAUUUGUACCAAAAUGUUUGGAAGUUAGCAGUUUCUUUUUAAUGUGUGCGGAAAUGACCUGAAUUAUUUCCUACGCACGUGGUGUCACUCACUUUGGUUCCUGUGCUGAUUUGCCUCGGUCCCCUGUGCCUGCUUUUAUGUUCUCCAGAGAUGGGCGUGUUUGGGUGAAAGUAAAAGAAUAAAUAAACCUUCACUGUCUCUCA